AUGCCGGGUUCGAUGAGCAAGCUAGGUGGACUGGCAGUCGGUCUGUUAGCGCCGGCCAGAUCCGGAGCUCUGUCCAACCAGAUCAGAGGAGUUGUACACAGAAGUGUCCUGAGACUGCCACCGGAUCACCCAGAUCCAUGGGAUUACAAACACAAAGGUUUCAACUAUAUUGAUGGUUUGAAAGAUGACACUCAAGCACACCUUCAUCAAAAUUCGAAAUUGAUUGUUAUCGAAGGAAAUAUCGGAUCCGGAAAGACGACUUUGGCGAAGCAGCUUGCUGACCAAUUGGGCUUUGUUCAUUUCCCCGAGUUCCGAAUGGAUGAUAUUCUUAUCGACAGAUACGGAAACGAUCUUCGUAACUAUUACAGCAAGUUCCCAGCUAGAUAUCGUCUCCCAGAUAUCUCCAUGUUCUACAAAAACCCAAGCGGAGAGCUCUCGGCUGCCAUGCAAGACCGUAUUUUCAACUGUCGCUUCGAUCAGUAUCUCAAUGCAUUGGCUCACAUCCUCAACACUGGACAAGGAGUUGUUCUUGAGCGCACGCCACAUUCUGACUUCGUCUUCGCUAAUGCAAUGAGAGAUAAGAACUAUAUUGGUCAUGAAUAUUUCAAGCAUUACUACUUUGUUCGCAAAAACGCUCUUCCUCAAUUGCAUUUCUGGCCACAUUUGGUUGUUUAUUUGAACACCCCAACAAGCAAAUGUUUGGAGAAUAUCAAACGACGAGGAAAUACCGAUGAAAUUGCUACCGUCGAUGAGCGUUACUUGAAAACUAUCGAAGAGUCUUACAAAGAUUCUCUCCGCGAGUACCGCAAUCACUCAAAGAUUCUUGCGUACGAUUGGACGAAACCAGGAGAUACUGACGCUGUUGUCGAGGAUAUUGAGCGAUUGGACCUCGACUUCUUCGAGUGGCAUAGUGGAGAUGUUAUGGAAGAAUGGAACACAAUUGUUGACUCCAUCGGAUGGAAUGGAUGGAGACAAUAUGUAACGAACAAGUAUGAUGCUCGUAUGCUUGCAUUCGACGGAAUUCCGAAACACGAAGUUGGAGAGCUCUACACGAAUCCGAGAGACACUGGUCAUUUCCUUCAUGUCAUGCGCAAAGAAGUUCUGAAAUCGCCAUAUGGCUACGGCUACAUUGCUAAAAACGGUGAUCAUCAAGCCGGAACCACUGCCUGGCACACCGGACAUAAUCUUCCAGAACCAUGGUAUGAGUAUUACUUCCGAGAGGCAUACUACGACGAUUUGACAUCACAUGAAACGUCUUUGGAUUUGGACUCGGAUUCAUAUGAUCCGGAUUAUGUGCACCACCAUCACUAA